AAUCUCCGGCCACAUCUCAAUCUACGGCUACAUCAUCAAGUUCCCCAGCUCCGGUCACAUCUUCAAGUGCCCAAUCUCCGGCCACAUCUCAAUCUACGGCUACAUCAUCAAGUUCCCCAGCUCCGGUCGCAUCUUCCACUGCCCAAUCUCCAGUCACACCUCAAUCUACGGCUACAUCAUCAAGUUCCCGAGCUCCGGCCACAUCUUCCACUGCCCAAUCUCCAGUCACAUCUCAAUCUACGGCUACAUCUUCAAGUUCCCGAUCUCCAGCCACACCUUCGAGUUCCCAUCAUGUGGUCAAACCGUCAAGUUCGCAGUCUCCCGCGACACCUUCAAGCUCCCACUCUGUGGCCACGCCCUCGGCGAGACCCACUCAACUCCACGCACCCCUUCGCGAAAGGCCCCAGCCUUCACAGUCCUCCAGUCCUGA